UCCUCUUCCGUAUCGCUGCCCGAGCAUGGAGCCCGCGACUACGGUGGGGGAGUUGCUGCGGACCCUCCGCCAAAUGGGCUUCAGCGAGGGCCAGGCGGGGGCCGCCCUCCGCGCCGGCUGCCUGAGCGCCCCGGAGGCGGCCGACUGGCUGCUGCGCGAGGGGGCGGACCGUCAGCCCCCGUCGCCCCGGCUGCGGCUCCUCCCGCCGAUCUCGCAGCCCAGCCUCGCCGACGUCUUUCAGCCCCGCCGGCAGCCCUCGGAAGACGGGACGGGGGCGGCGGAGUCCCCCGCCCUGGGGGACGUCCGGGACUUUGCGGACCGGCAGCGGCGGGAGCAGCUGGCCCAGCAGCUGAAAGUCGAACGGGGGGCCCGGCAGCGGGAGCGCGAGUUGGCCCUGCAGAGGAUCGCCGACGACCGCCGGCAGCACCGGGCCGGGACGGCAACCCCUCGGCCCGGCCCGGGCCGCCCGCCGCCAGACGGGACGGAGACCCCCGGAGAGGCGCAAUGCCUGCUCGUGAUCCGCCUGCCCAACGGGAAGUCUGUCCGCAGGAGCUUCCCGGCCGAGACCGCCCUGCAGAGUGUCCGGCGGUUCGUCUUGACCCAGAACCCGGAGCUCUCGCCCGCCUGCUGCUUCCUGCAGGGCAUCCCCAAACGGCGCUUCGGGCCGGCUGACCUGCCCCGCUCGCUGCUGGCCCUGGGCCUGGCCCCGGGGGCCACCCUCUGCAUCGUCGACCCGGCCCCGGGGGCCCCUUUGCCCUGCCCCGCCGCAGCGGUGCAGCUCACCGUGGACGCACACUCCUGCACGCAGGGGGCUGGGCAGCUGGCGGAAUACGCCCCUGCUCCCCCGCCGGAGGGUCUCCCAAGCCGGCACCAGGGCGGGAAGCCUGCCAUCCUGGCCCCCCAUCAUUGGGGCCGGGGGCAGAAGCUGGACUCCGAGGAGCCCAUGGAGCAGGACCAUCCGGCUGCCCCCCGGGGGGAAGAGCAGGAAGGGCCAGGGGUGCCGCCCACCGGCCCGGACGACGCUGCGGGGUACCGGCAUCCGUGGCCGCAGGAAGGCAACCGGCUGCGGGAAGCCGAGGGAAGCCACCCUGGACCCCCAGAUUUGCCGCUGGCGGUUGCCCGGGCGGCCGAGCAGCGCCGCUUCCUCCAAACGGCCGUCCGGAGGGAGAGCAACGAGCUUGGAUCGGCCCUCCCCACAGCCACCGUGGCCCCCUCGGUGCCGUCGUCGCUGUUCCGGCUGUCCCUGCAGGCCGCUGCCGCCCUCCUCUCAGCUCCCAGCAAGCAGUACUGUGGCAGCCUGGCCUCGCUGCCCCCCGGCCUGGCCCGGCUGCUGCUGGAGCACCUGGUGCGAAAGGCGCUGCUCCACCCGCGCAGCCUGCGGCUCUUCUCCGGCUGCCCCCUGCAGACCCUCUGCCUCGACUGCUACCCGUACGCCACCAACCAGCUGCUGGCCGGGCUGCCGGCCUUCCCCGGCCUGCGCCAGCUGAGCUUGUUCUCCUGCGCCCUCAUCACAGACCAGGGCCUCUCCGUCGUGCAGCGUCUCCCGCGCCUGCAGCACCUGAACCUCUCGGCCUGCGUUAAGCUGACCGACAACUGCCUGCAGUUCCUGAAAGGGCUGCCGGAGUUGUCCCACCUGGCCCUGGACCAGACCCACGUCUCCGACGCCGGCCUGGCGGACUUCCUCCUGGGGGCUCCCCCGACCCUCUCCCACCUGAGUCUCAACUGGACGGGGGUCGCGGAGCGUACCCUCCACCUCCUGCCCCAGUGCGCCCCCCGGCUCUGCGAGCUGAGCCUGAAGCAGACGGGCAUCAGCGACGUGUCUCCCCUGCGGCAUUCGGAAGCCCUGCAGAGGCUGUUCCUGGACGGCACCCGCGUGAGCGAAGCCUCCCUCCAGGCCCUGUCCUCCCAUCCGGCCUUGGGCUGCUUGACCCUCUCUGGCGUCCACUCGGUCGACGGCAACCGGGCUCUGGAGCUAGUCUCAGCCCUCCCCCUGACCCGGCUGGGGCUGCCCGACCGGCACACAGUCACCGACGUCGGCCUGGCUGCCGUCUGUCGCCUGGCCGGCCUGCAGGAGCUGGACCUGACGGACUACAUCCACAUCACCGACGAGGGGCUGCGGCCGCUGCCUGGGCUGUGCAGGCUGCGGCGCCUCUCGCUGGCGCACACGCGGGUGACAGACGAGGGCCUGGCCCACCUCCGCGCCCUCCGGCUUCUGGAGCAGCUGCACCUGGACCGCCUGUCCGUCUCCAGCGCCCCGGUGGCCCACUGCCUGACCGGCCUCCCUCACCUGCAGGUGCUGUCUCUUGCCGGCACGGCCGUUGGCGACCCCGUGGCCAGGCUGGGCCUCGCUGGGUGCCGGCACCUGCUGAAGCUCAACCUGAGCAACACCCGCCUGACUGACCGAGGGCUCCGCUUCCUGGCACACCUGCCCCUCGUCCAGCUCAACCUGGACGGCUCGGGGGUGACGGCUGCCGGCGUGGCUGAGCUCGUGGCUGCCUGCCCCUCCCUCACCCGCGUCCGGAGCAGCCGCCUGAGGGUCUUGUCCCCGGAAGAGUCGCCGGACGAGGAAGAGCCCGGCCACUAGGCGGCCAGUCGGUCCUGGUGCUCACCGGGGAGAUGUUUGAACCCCGACCAGCUUCUCCUGGAACAAAAGCUGGAAGGGAGCUGGGAGGUCAUCUAGUCCAACCCUCUGCUCGAGCGAGAAGCCUUUAAAGAAUCGGAAUGACAGCUGGAAGGGAGCUGGGAGGUCAUCUAGUCCAGCCCCCUGCUCGAGCGAGAAGCCCUCAAAGAAUCGGAAUGACAGCUGGAAGGGAGCUGGGAGGUCAUCUAGUCCAACCCCCUGGUCGAGCAGGAGA